UUGCUGUCCUCUCUAGUCUUCCUCACACCAAGAGCUGCUGUCCCACCUAACGGGAAGCAACGACGGCUGCGUAAUCUUUCACUGGGAGAAAGGGUGAAAGGCGAGACGAAACCGUAAGAGAAUUGUCUUCGCCUCCAGCCAAAAUGAUCCACAGCCUGUUCCUAAUCAACGCCUCCGGGGACAUUUUCCUGGAGAAGCACUGGAAGAGCGUGGUCAGCCGCUCUGUGUGUGACUACUUCUUUGAGGCGCAGGAGCGCGCCACUGAGCCGGAGAACGUCCCACCAGUCAUACCCACACCGCAUCACUACCUUAUCAGUGUGCUCAGGCAUCGCAUCUACUUUGUUGCAGUCAUCCAGAGUGAGGUGCCACCGCUGUUUGUCAUCGAGUUCCUGCACAGAGUCGUCGACACGUUCCAGGACUAUUUUGGCGUGUGUACCGAGGCUGCCAUUAAGGACAAUGUGGUUGUGGUCUAUGAACUACUGGAAGAGAUGCUGGACAACGGCUUUCCGCUGGCUACAGAGUCCAACAUCCUCAAAGAGCUCAUUAAGCCUCCCACCAUCCUCCGCACAAUGGUCAACACCAUCACAGGCAGCACCAAUGUUGGUGAACAGCUCCCUACAGGCCAGCUGUCAGUGGUGCCAUGGCGACGCACCGGAGUCAAAUACACCAACAACGAGGCCUAUUUUGACGUGGUGGAGGAGAUCGAUGCUAUCAUUGAUAAAUCAGGCUCCACUAUUACAGCAGAAAUCCAGGGAGUCAUUGAUGCCUGUGUAAAACUGACAGGCAUGCCCGACCUCACUCUCUCUUUCAUGAAUCCUCGGCUGCUGGAUGAUGUCAGCUUCCACCCGUGUGUUCGGUUCAAGCGCUGGGAAGCUGAGCGGAUCCUCUCCUUCAUCCCCCCCGAUGGCAACUUCCGGUUGCUCUCCUACCAUGUCAGCUCUCAGAACCUGGUGGCGAUCCCAGUGUACAUCAAGCACAACAUCACCUUCCGAGAGGGGAGCUCCCAGGGCCGUUUUGACUUGACUCUGGGACCCAAACAGACCAUGGGCAAGGCCGUUGAGUCGGUCCUUGUCAGCAGCCAGCUGCCCCGCGGCGUCCUGAACGCCAACCUCAACCCCACCCAGGGAACAUACACCUUUGACCCAGUCACAAAGAUGUUGAGCUGGGAUGUUGGCAAGAUCAACCCUCAGAAGCUUCCCAGCCUGAAAGGCACCAUGAGCCUGCAGGCCGGGGCCUCCAAACCUGACGAGAACCCCACCAUCAACAUCCAGUUAAAGAUCCAACAGAUGGCCAUCUCAGGGCUGAAGGUGAAUCGACUGGACAUGUACGGUGAGAAGUAUAAACCUUUCAAAGGUAUCAAAUACAUGACCAAAGCUGGCAAGUUCCAGGUGCGGACAUAAGGACUUCUGCUCUGCGACUACUGGACCAAACCACCAUGACAACACGGGAUGCUGUGAUGGGGGAAGAAGAGAGAGUUGGUACAUUCCCUGUGUACUGUAUAUGCAUUUCAGGAUUUAACAAACUGGAGGCUCCAUUUAGCAGUUAAGAAUGGACCGUUGCACAUAAAAUACCCUCUGUUGAAGUAAAAUUGUGUAAUGUCCAAUCUGGUCAGAGCUUUGAGUUUAAAGAGUUUGAACCAAGAGUAAUAAUGAUGCGUUCCAUUUGAACACGGACUUUCCAAGUUUCAUGUCUGAAAUUUUUACUGUAACAUCCCCCUGGCGUUGGAUUUCGGAGUUGGGCCAAGAUGGCUGCUUUGUGGAUCAACAGUAGUGAAAGUGGUAGAAAAUGUACAGUUAAUUAGCUCUUCUGUCUUAUUUGUGACUCACUAAAUACACACAGUGUAAAAGUCGUACACACAGUAAGUUACUGUCUGUCUUCUAUCUGUGGACAUGAUGUCACACUGUCCGUAUGCACAA